AAGUUGUAUACGCCUCUGCAAAAAUUUAGAAAUUUUUAUUACUAAAAUUAUGUUUAUUGCAUGUAAAAGCUUCUUAAUUAAAUAAUUUUUUGUAAUUUACAAUUGAAUGGAUUUCUUAAAAAGUCAAUAAACAUGAAGAGAGUAAAUUAAAAUACAAAGUUUCAGCAUAAAAAAAAUUCUUUGCAUACAACAUAGACUACAUGUCUUAACUCCGCUCGAAAGUUUACGAAAACGAAAACGAAUUGUCAAUUUUGUCUUUUUUUGUUCACCGCAAAAAUUAGCAAAAAUAAUCCCUAAAAAUGGUUCAAAAAGUAGUUAAUUAAGUGUAUUUUGUAGUGUUCUAUCCCCUGUUUAUGUAACAUUUGAUUUUCCACUCAAAUAUCGAGUGUUUUGCGGUGUGCACGAUAAUUUCCAUAUAGAGUUGUUUUUCUGCGACAGAAAUUUUCACCUUGAUUUUUCACCCACUUAAAUUACUUCAACAAGGAAAGUUUGACGCCCCCGUGAGAGUCAAAAGACCCCAAAGUUCAUUUUGUGAAUCUCCCGAGGGAGUUUUUUGGUAAUUUGUGGGAGAAAAGGAUAUUGAAAAAGGAAUAUCCGGGAUGUCGGGCCGUAAGCGACCUAACCUCAAAAUUUCAAUGGCAAACGAACCACCGCCACCAGUGACUGCGCCCCAUAAUUUGGAUAAGAGCACAACAAUUACAAUUGAGGACAAGACAUUCAUCGUGGAGGCAGAUGAUCUGGAGAAGCUGUGCGAUCUGGGAAGAGGCGCCUAUGGGAUUGUUGAGAAAAUGCGUCAUCGGCAGACAGGCACAGUGAUGGCUGUGAAGAGAAUCACCGCCACGGUGAAUACACAGGAACAGAAACGUCUUCUAAUGGAUCUGGAUAUCUCCAUGCGAUCCAGUGCAUGCCCCUACACAGUUCACUUCUACGGGGCACUCUUCCGGGAGGGCGAUGUGUGGAUUUGUAUGGAAGUUAUGGACACCAGUCUAGAUAAAUUCUAUCCGAAAGUAUUCAAGAACAGCCGUGUUAUGUCUGAAGAUAUUUUAGGAAAAAUCACAAUAGCCGUAGUAAAUGCCCUCCACUAUCUCCAUGCUAAGCUCAAGGUGAUCCAUAGAGAUGUAAAACCAUCGAAUAUUCUUAUAAAUCGCAAAGGAGAAGUUAAAAUGUGCGAUUUUGGUAUUUCAGGAUACUUAGUGGAUUCCGUGGCAAAAACCAUAGAUGCCGGUUGUAAACCAUACAUGGCACCUGAAAGGAUAGAUCCCACAGGAAAUCCAGGACAAUACGAUAUUCGGUCGGACGUAUGGUCAUUGGGUAUCAGUAUGAUUGAGAUGGCCACAGGGAAGUUUCCCUACUCUACAUGGGGAUCACCGUUUGAGCAACUAAAGCAGGUGGUGACGGAUGAUCCACCACGUGUGGAACCGGGAAAAUUCUCGCCGGAAUUCACGAAUUUCAUCAGUGUAUGCCUCCAAAAGGUCUACACCGACCGUCCAAACUAUGAGCAAUUGCUACAGCAUCCUUUCCUCAAGGAGCACAGCUCCAAAGAAACAGAUGUGGCAACUUUUGUUGAGGAGAUUCUCAAUUUGCCAAAUUGAGAGAUUUGUAUGUGCUCACAGUUAGACGAGUCUAAAGGACGACACAGAAUGAGUAUAUUACUUAAGAAGAGCUAAAAAAAAAGUCACAAGAAGAGAGCAAUACACGUUAGGAGAGAAAAGAUGCUGUAGAAAGCAGCAAGAAAAAAAAGAAGACGAUUUACUAACUUCCCAAUCCCCCCUUUUCUUUUGUUUUGUAACGAUUUAGCCACGAAUGAGAACGAUUUACUAAUGAGCAAUUAUUUUGAUAAGGAUCUUAUAGUGAGAUUGAGAAAAAAAUACUACAUAUACAUAAUAUACAUAAUUUCUCCAAGAGAUAUAAUGUUAAAAAAAAACAAGAGAAGAAAAAAUCUAAUGUAGAUUAAAAAAAAUGCUGCAUUUUGCGCGAGAAUUCGAGAUGAAAAUUGCCAAGCAAUCUUAUUUGGGAUUAAUUUAAAUGAAAAUCCUCAAAACAUCACGCGAAAGAAAAGUGCUGCCAUUUCGAACGAAGAAAGGAAACUCAUGUGAGUGAAAUAAUAUUGUUUUUACAGAGCAAUGCCAUUGGCAUUUUGGAAGGAAAGUGCAAAAUACAAAAAAGAUUUAGGAACAUGUCGAAAUAAAAUCUUUAAAAUGCAAAAUAAAAA